AUGUUGGGUGAGGGUAUGGUCACUCUGUGGCGCUUCGCGUUCACCAUACUUCCAAGCGCUACCGUUAUAAUUUUAUUACUCGAGGGUAUAAAUCUCUAUCGCCCCGACAUCGUUGACGAAGCGAAUCGUCCGCGCGCAAUAAACAUUCUAAACUUACGUGAUUCCUAUGAUUUUGUGAUUAUUGGGGGCGGUUCAGCAGGCAGCGUUCUCGCGUCGCGUCUCUCAGAGGUCCGCAACUGGAGUGUGCUGUUAUUAGAAGCUGGCGGCGACGAGCCGAUGCUGGCUGAACUGCCAAUGCUGUACCCAAUAUUUCAGCGCACUCCACUCGAUUGGAAAUAUCGUACGGAACCAUCUGAUCGUUACUGCCUUGCGAUGGAAGGGCAGACUUGUUUUUGGCCGCGCGCCAAGGUGCUUGGUGGCGGCAGCUCGAUCAAUGCGAUGAUGCAUGUGCGCGGAAAUCGCCGCGAUUACGAUCACUGGGCGGAGUUGGGCAAUGUUGGUUGGAAUUACGAUAACGUUUUACAUUAUUUUCGAAAAAUGGAGGAUAUGCGCGUACCGGGUUUUGAGGACGAUCGCUUCUAUCAUGGUUACGGGGGACCGGUUACAAUCGAGAAUUAUAGGUUUCCAUCACCGUUGUUGGAUAUUUUUAUGCAAUCCGCGAGUGAGCUGAAUGUGCUCAACCCAUACAACGACUACAAUGGCCGCAGUCAAACCGGCUUUACUCUGCCGCAUGCUACACUUCGCAAUGGCUUGCGCUGCAGUGAAAAUAAGGCAUACAUUCGUCCCGUUUGGCGACGUCCCAACCUCGAUAUCGUGCUGCAUGCGUUUGUAACACAUAUCGCCAUCGAUGAGAAAAGCAAAGUAGCGCGUGGCGUGCACUUCGAACACCAAGGUAUUCUGUAUAAAGUGCGCGCUAGGCGUGAAGUCAUCCUUUCCGCUGGCGCCAUAGCGAGUCCGCAACUGUUGAUGGUUUCGGGCAUCGGACCGGAACAGCAUCUAAUUCAGCAUGGCAUAUCAGUCAUACAGCACCUGCCAGGUGUGGGUCUCAAUCUACAGGAUCAUAUAUCUUCCACAGGUUCGCAAUACCGCGUUGACAAUAGUGUAACCGGCAAUCGGCUUUCAUUCAUCGUGCCGGAGAUGUUGAAUGUGAGGUCUGUGGACUCGUUUCUUCAUCAAGCGGAUGGGUUUUUCUAUGCCAUGCCGAUGUGCGAGGUUAUGGGCUUCUUGAGCACUAAAUACCAGGAUCCUAAACUAGAUUGGCCUGAUAUUCAGAUAUUUAUGGGCAGCUUAGGUUAUGGCGCUGAUGGUGGAUUAAUUGGAAGACGCGGUGGUGGCAUAACAUUUGCUAAUUACGAAAAAGUGUUCGAGAAUAUUAUUUAUACUGAUUCUUUCACGUUGACAACGCUGUUAAUGCGUCCAAAGAGCCGAGGACAUCUGGAGUUGAUAUCAAGUGAUCCGCAUGACCAUCCGCGCAUAUACGCCAACUACUUUGAUGACCCACUCGACAUGGCUGUGUUGGUGGAGGGCGUAAAAUUUGCACAUCGCAUGACCCAAACCGCCAUAAUGAGACGACUUAAUGCCACGCUGAAUAUUUUCGAGUGGCGCAAUUGUCCCGAAGUAGAAUACCUAAGUGACGCCUUCUGGGAGUGUAUUGCUCGUUACUAUUCGCAGACAAUUUACCACCCGGUGGGCACUUGUAAAAUGGGCGUCCAUAGCGACCCCUUUGCGGUGGUGGAUCCACGCUUGCGCGUCUAUGGCGUCAAGGGUUUACGUGUGAUAGAUGCCAGCAUUAUGCCAACAAUAACAACGGGUAAUACGAAUACGCCAACGGUAAUGAUUGCCGAGAAGGCGGCCGAUAUGAUUAAAGAGGACUGGUUACGUUACGGAGAUUGGCACUAG